CUCAAACAACAACAAUGCCACGCCGCUGAAGCUUUGGUUGGACGUAUGAUAUUAUAUUUGCUGCGAAAUAUUCAAAAGUUAUUUAUUCGUCCAGAUGGCAGUAAAAGAUCUACAGCUGCCCCCGCUGCUACACUCAAGGUCAUCGUCUCAAUUUGAGUCUAAUGAUGACAACAAUAGAGGAUUACAGCGACACAUUGCAAACAAGAUGUCUAGAGCAAAAUUGAUAAAAACCAAAGAGAAGGAAAAGAGUUAUUUUUCAUCUGAGCCUGCUGAAGUUACAUUUCAAAAGCCCAGACAAAUAAGAAAUUAUGGGUCUCUUGCCAAGCCUCGUUUCUUAGAGCAACUGGAGUGUCUUCUCAAGAGAGAACUAGAAGUUUUAGACAACACACAGGACUCUAAAGUCCAAGAGCUCAGACUGCAGGUUUACCAAGAAGUCUUUGGCCAUUUAAUUGAAGAAUUUAAAACCUAUAAGCCUAUUUUGUCUGCCAUCAAAAAGGAGUAUGACAUCACAUUAGCACAUCUGCGAGAUCAGAUCAGGGAUCUGCUACCGCUACGGCCGAAGCUGGUGCUCGUGUCAGAACAAUGUGACAAGAAGAUUCUGGAAAUGAGAGUACAGGAAAGAGAGGAGGUUCGAGCUCUGAAGCAAGAGUGCAGGCAUCUGCAGAGCGUCAUUGAAAGCAUGAGGUCACAACAGAGUGCUCUGCAGAUUCAGGUUGAUCAUCUAAAAGAGGAUCUAGCCACCCAGUAUCAGCUCUACAGGGACGAACGUGAUGCACGAAAGCUGCUCAUCACCAGAAUCAGCACAAUGCAAUCUACCCAAGAUGCCGAACAUGAUGAUAAUAAUGAAGAGGAUGAGUCUGAGGAUCCUGUGGUGGUGAAAAUGGCUUUACAGGUGUGUCGAGAAGAUCUUACCAAAGCCCAGAUUGAACUCAACCGCCUUCAAGCUGAAUACAGUGAUGUGGUCCCUCGACGAGAUUGGGACAACUUGAAUCACUUGCAUGAGGAGACGCUAAUGAAGCUGGAAACCCUACAAACAGACUUCAACCAGGUGAAGUCUGAAUAUGACACACUGCUGGAGGUUCAUCAAAAGUCAGCACCGACUACACAGCAACAUGGCUCAGAUAGCCAACACAUUGCCACAACUCCCAGGCCAAACUGGGAACAGUGUUCAGAUAUACUCGGAGGGACUGAGCGAUGUAAAGAGCUUUUUGAAGGUCAGUCCAGCCAAAAGAGGCUGGAGAUCUUGAUGAAGGAGAUUAAUAGCCAAAAUCAGUUCUUCACUGGACUUGGAACAUCCAGUGACGUGCCCAUUUAUCUGCGAUAUGAGGGGAAACUUAAAAAUCUUAAGCUCAAGAAAGCAGAUGUUAUUAAGGUAAUAAAAGAAAUAUGGAGAAACAAAAUGGCGGAUAAUGAAAAGAAUGAUGACCCCAGAGAUCUGCAGACGUUUCUUCACAGCUAUCUUGUGGAACAGUAUAAAGAUAAAGCAGGAGAAUGGGCUUACAGCCUCAUGGAAAGCGUACAAAACAAUCUCAAAGAUGAUCUCAUUUGCCUUUUCAAUGAUGUCUUGACUGGAAAGGUUGAUGAGAGUAUCUACCAUGGACAGACACAGCUGCUGUCUCACUUGCUUAAGGUUUUAAUUCAAAGUGACAUAACGCAAUGCGGAUCACUGACUGUCUCAGAAUUUAGCGAGGCAUUGAGGAAGGCUUUCCCUCUGAAGUCGGAUCAGGACAUUGAGGAGCUGUUGGCGGCGGCUCAGACAGAGCUGGAGAGCAGUGGAGUGCGCAUUUCUUAUCAGACACUUUAUACAGAGGACACAGAUGGACAACACAAAGAAUUCCUGAGUCUAGUCAAAAAACAAGCUACCGCUGAGAGGCUCCAGUACAUCAGUGAGCUUAGAGCUCAGUUGGAAGGCAAAGGGGAAGUGGAUGCAGAGCAGCUCUGGGUUGCCUUCAAAACUAUUGAUCCCUCACUGGAACCUGAAAAUCUGGAAUGGAAUCUCAGUGUAGCUUUUCAGACAAAGGAGAGUGAAUUACAAGCUCAAGCUUUGGAAAAGGAGGUUGUGCUACAGCGUCUCUCUGUGGCUCAUGUCAAAAGGGCAGGGCCAAAGGGAUGACCGUUGUUACUCCAAGCACAUUCAUGGGCUAUUUAUAACACACUACAUAUAGUAACCAAGCAUAGCACUUAGGCAUAGAAAUGCCUCUGUGGUGGUAGUGUUUUGAAAAAUCCCAUAUCAAAGAUUAGACAAUGAUAAGUAAUGGAAUGCUUUUGUUCAAUAGCCUAAUGUUUUAAAGAGAAAGAAAACUUGUUUGUCUUAUAACCUUUUACAUUUACAAAUAUUUAUAUUAACAUUUUAAAUCAACAGAGAUUUAUUCAUUUGUAUUUUUGCAUAAAUUACUUGAGAAUUGUCAAUAGAUCAUACAUUUAUAUCGAUUUGUUAUAUUUAUUAUUUGUUCUGCUGCUUAGUUACAAUUGAAUGUCAUUUAUUAACAAGAGCCAUGCUUUCUGACAAAAUGACGAAAAGGAAUGUUACUUUUUUCCAACAAUUUAUUAUUUAACACUGUUCAGUCAUCUUUUAAAUAAACUUGAAACCUUUUUUUACACAAAA